AUGGCUCGGGCGAAGCGCCUCGUCCAGUUCGCACAGUCUCUCGACAAGGCGACGAGUGAAGUUGCCUCGUGCAGUGAAAAGAGUCGGAAGAAACGAGCAGAGCAGCAAGAGCGACAACGUGCUGAGGCCUUGCGCUUGAUGGGCAUCGGACAAAGCCCUGCCGAGGUGUUCAAGAUCCAAGAGGUUCAGACUAGAAUGAGACGAAAAGCCCAGGCGCUCGCACAGGCGCAGCAGCGACGAAGCGAAAUCCUUGCCGAGCGCUUGGCAGACGAAGAUAAGUGGCAGGAAGCGGCUGAAGACCACCAAAGGCAGAAGCGAGAAUCGGAGAAACGAUUCCAGGAAGAACUAGGCACUCUGCGUCAGAAAGAAGUUUCCAAAUAUCUGCGGAAGAUGACCGGCGUCGAAGAUCCGUCCGCCGUCGCCUCGACAGCGACGGAAGGAGGGAACUUGGUUUUCGCGAGUUCUCUGAUUCGCAAAAACGUCGCGACUGUGCAGUCCUCUCUGCAUCCUUCUCGCUCACACGGGACGCGGGAGGGCACUCCCUCGAGCGCCCCGCGGGCCUCGCGUUUCACGUUCGCCGGAACCGACGACAAAGAGUCUGGGGAAACGGCGUCACUCGGCCGCAGAGCGCAGUUUCACUGGGAGCCCAAACUCAGCAAAUUCGAGGCGCAGAGUCUCCGACGUUCUCUCGACGCCCAGAAGCGACGCGUGCUGCGCGGGGAAGUUCAGCGAGUCGCCGGAAAAGUCCACGAAGGUCCGAGUUUCCGGGCGCGACCAGAAAAAAUUCACUUUGAGAAUUUCGAGCCUGACCAAGUGUACAGGAAAACGGUCGAAAUCACAAACAUCAGCUUGACGUUCAACACCUUCCGCAUUGGUCCACUCCCAGAAGAACUCCGGGACGUCAUCGACGUGGACUUCGUCCCUCCCGGACGCAUGUCUGCCGGAACGACAACCAGUUUCACCGUCACAUUCUCGCCGAAAAGAAAUGCAGACAUUUUCUCGAAACUCUCGAUUCUGGCGCCCACGGGCCCCGAAGAAUUCCCCCUCCUGUGCUCCACGAAAAAAACUGUUCUAACUUUCUCCCCGCCGCUAGUGGACAUCGCCGACUUCGUAGCCAAGGCCAGAGAGGAAGACGAAUCGACCUCAGAGGCACUCGGUCAGAACGAAACCGACACAGCAGAAGCGAAGCCUCUCGACCCCGACGCGCAGCGCCUGGAGUGUGAAGGAAUCCCCGCGGCGUCUUCUUCUGGAGAGGAACCUGCGGCUCGACUGCUCUCUCUAAACAUGGGAGAAGUUCAGCUGGGAGAAGUAGGCAAGUGCUCGCUGCGAAUUCGGAACGAAGGCGCCUUAGCUUCUCAGUAUCUUCUUCUGCCUCUCGUCUGCGAUGUCUGCAACUUCACCUUCCCUCUCUCGACUCGCUUGGAGAACUCCUCUGGGCUUCCUCGCCCCCAUGAGGACCGACCGCACCUGCCGUCGCCUGCCUUUUCAAUCCAGCAAGCUGGCGACGCCGAAGGCGACACCGAACCUGCUUCUUCAACUUCCUCAACGUCUUCUGCAGCUUCUUCGGCGUCUCCGUCUUCCACGCCUCCCUUCUGUCCGGGUGGGGAGAGGGAAUCCGAAAGCAGAAAGUGGAAUGCAAGCGAAGGAGAGAGGAGGGGCGCCAGUGCCAGUCGAAUGUCUUCCUCAGUCGCCUUCUCGGACGCAUGCGAACUGCCGGAGACUGUGAGAAUGGUUUCAGCAGACACACUGGUGACUUCGGAAUCGUUCGAGAGCGGCGCAGUCGCAGCUUCUCCAGACCUUUCGAGUCUCUUGAAUCAGUGGAGCUACGAUGCCAUGAAUCUCCGACACUUGGUCCUCGAAAACGCCCGCGCCUCCUUUCCUCCGAGAACCACCACCGUCAUACGAUUCAGCUACGCCCCGUCGGAGCCAGGUGACUUUUACGCGCUUUUCCUCCUCAAGACGGAGAACGCCCUCAUCCGGGACCGCCUGGUGGCGGUGCGGUGUCGAUGCAUGCCUCCACCGAUUUCAGUUGAGUCUGCGCAGCACGACUUCGGCGUAUGCACCUUCGAGAGGUCUUACUCGCGACAGCUGUCUCUCUACAAUUCGCAGAACUCGGCCAUGAAGGUCUGGGUCGCCUCGCCGUCUCUGAUCGCCGACGGUGAGCUGAGCAUAGAGCCGCAGUCUUCCUUCAUUCAGGCUCGAGGGCGGCUGACGCUCACGGCAACCUUUCGUCCGACGGUGGAGUUCUUCAACAGAUUUCCCCAGUUCGUCCGCGAACUCGACGCAGAAAUCCGGCAGAAACACCCGGGCUCUCUCGCCUUUUGCAUUCUCGUCCGGAUCGAAGGCGCAGACCAAGUUCUCCCCGUCGAAACGACGCUCACAGGAAUGGUGACGCGGAAAGAGCUUAUGCUGUCUCCGCCAUCUCUCGACUUCGGUGACUGCUGCGAAGGCUCGGCUGUGUCCAUACCGCUCGUCCUCUUCAAUCCUUCGCUGUUGCCAAUGGAGUAUGCGUUCUGUCGACUUCAUCGAGACCUGUCGGUGUUCGUCGCCUGCGACGCCGACCAUCUCUGUUCCAGCUCUUCUGUCGCUUCUCUCGUCUCAGCUGCUUCUUCUCCCUUCCUCUCUCUUUCCUCUCCUUCCUCCUCUUCUCCGUCUUUAUCUUCCUUUUCUUCUUCUGCCUCUUCCUCUGGCUCCUCCGCUUCUCCUGCUUCUUCCCUUCCGCCCUGGGUCGCUUCGUCUGCGGCCGCUGGGUCUCCCUCCUUCUCUCCAGCGUUUCUCGCGGAACUCGAGGAGAAACAGUUUCUCCCGCAGAGUCGUCUCUCGCACUGCCUGCGGGGAGAUCACGGGUGCAUGCUUCCAGGCGAGAUCCGGAAAGUCAUUCUCGUGUACACUCCGAACAAGCAUUCACCCGAGAGCUCCACAUUCGGAGGCCUGAAGGUCGACGCCUCGGGUGAACGAAUAGACAGCUUCGUGCUCCGGACGCUGGUGGGAAGCCAGGCUGCGACGGAGACGCGGAUUUCUUGGAGAGCUUCUCCGGCACCCGCGAAAGUCUCUUUUGCGCCCUGCGCGUCGCUUCGUCUGCCGGCGGUGCCUGUAGGUGAGUCCGUCUCCGACGCAGUCUACAUGCGACUUCGCUCUCCCCUUCCCUCCAACAGACUCACAGAGGCGAGCCAGAAGUCUGCCAGCCUUCUCUCGACGUCUGCGAGUCUUGGGUCCGGUGCUUCGCCCAUCCAGCUGUCGUCGGCUUUCACGAAACUCCGUUCAGCUUCUCCAGGCCCAGUAAAGCGGGAAGCGAAGGAAGCGAAACUCUGCGGAGGCGAUGGGCAUCUAUCGGUGCAGAUUCUCGCGCCGCCCUUUGCACUCGCAGCGCUCCGGUUCAAUCCCUCUUGCUUCGUCCUGUCUCCGACAGAACCUACGCAAAGAAUCGCUGUCUCCUUCACCCCAGAAAGGACCUAUAUGCGGCCCACACUGGCGCCUGUCUCCUCGCCGUCUCCCUCUUCCCUCGCCGACGCCGAGGCUCCUCCUCACUCUCCAGGAGAAGUUAAAAUGCGAAAAGAACACCACAGAGAAAAGGAGGAGAAAAAGGAGGAGACAUCCGGGGAUCCGUUGGCUGUUGCCGGGAGCGAGAAGAUCCGAGAACAAGCGCUGAACGAAAGAGGCAGGAAAGCUCUCAAGUUCGCUGACGAGUUGCGAUGCGCGAGCAAGGCUCCGAGGGAUGCGAGCGCGCUCGUAGGUGGGGAGAGAGACGCGGAGGACCACAGAGACGGCCCAGAGGAGGAGGCCAUGCUCUUGAAACAAGUCCGCGAGUACGGCGGCGUUCGCUGGAUGUCGAGUCUCCUUCCCUCGCCCGUGCCGCCGAACGAGGAAACGUUCGCGACUGAUGCGGAUCAAGCAGAGACAGAAGAACGCGCUCUGGAGAGAGAGAAACAAGCAACUGCAUGCGCUCACGCACAGUGGCUCGUCCCGGUCAGGUGCCGCCUUUCGAGGGCGACCGAGGAGGACGAGUUCUUUUCUUUCCUCCAAGUCUCGACAUGCGCGACGCCUGCACUCGUUUCGGCCUCGCCUGCCGUGUUGGACUUCGGCGACGUGACUGUGGGGGCCUCUGCGCGUCUGCGGUGCAAGUUGGAGAUCUCCGAGGCUCUUUCGAGCGCGAACAGUUCGCUCUUUUCGCAGCAGUCUGGGUCGUCGGCUUCGUCCGCGUUCGCGCCUUCAAACACUGAAGCAUUCCUCGCUCUCAAGGCGGAAGAACUUCCAUUCUCUUCGUGCUUCGAGCUCGUCAGCGCCCUGCGACCUCUCUGCCCGGCGAGGCCGGUCACUCUCUCUGUCGCCUUUCACCCACGGGCGCCGCAGAGCUACAGAGCGACGCUUCGCCUCGUCGGGCCGUUAACGCGGCAGUCCGUGGAGCUUCGCGGCCGAGGCAUCCGAGCAGAGAUGGUUGUGUCCCCGCCUGACCGAGACCUUGACUUCGGCGCCGUGUUUGUGCCAUCGCAACCUGGAAAAGGCUCGCCGCCGCAUGCACCAGCAGCGCUCUGCCCAGCGUGGACAUACAAAGUUUUGACUGUGAGAAAUCCAGCGUCGUCCUGUGUCCUUCGCUUCCGCGUCGAGUGUCUGUUCACCUCGCACUCGGCCGUGGAGACCUGUGGAGCUCGGAGGUCCUUUGCUCCCUUCGCCUGCUGGCCUCUGCAGGGCGAGAUUCUUCCUGGGGCCUCGCAGCAGUUCUGCCUUGCCUUUCGACCUUCGACGGAGGAGGGCCUCCUCACUGCGGUGUACCGCCUGACGUCCGAGAACGGCAGUGUGCAGCCUCAUUACCUUCAUCUCAGAGGCCUCGCAGUGUCUCAUCAACUCUACGCCAUCCCUCCCUUCUCUCCUUCUUCUUUUCCCUUUUCUGCGUCUUCCUCGUCUUCUCUCUCUUCUUCCUCUCCUUCCUUUCCACCUUCGCGAGCGCCUCUGCCGUUUUCGAUGUCCCCUCUCUCUGGACGUCUGGAGUCUCCGUCGUUUGAGCGCCCUCUGUGGGGUCUUCCUCCUGCGACUCGCGCUGUACAUGAGACGUCCGGCCGUCUGCCUGUCUCCUCUCGGCCUCCCGGAUCGAGUCCUGAAAACGGUGCCGCCACCGCGUCUGCUUCCGCCUGUCCCCGCAUGGUCUCUUCUCUCCUGGAGGCCCUGCAGAGAGAACGAGAGACUCACACACACAACGGCCUCUCCUUAGGCUGCUGCCGCAACAGGGUGUUUCAACUCGUUUUCGAUGACUCCGAAGCUCCAGGAGAAAACGCCUCCGUCUCUCGCUCUUCUUCUCGCCUGUCCUCUCCUCGAGGUCCAUGUUCUGUUGCCGGGAUUCUCUCCGAGCGAGGAAAGAGCGUGGACAACGAAGGGGAGUCUCCGAAGGAGAAAGGAGUUGUGGGGAAAGGUUCGUCCUUUCUCCCCGCUGUGAGAAGUCGGGCGUCCUUCACCCGGGGGCAGGCGUCGACUGGAUGCGAAGCCGAGAGAGACAGAACGCGAACGCGUCUGUUCCUUCUGGGGGCUGCGUGGGGACCUGUCUCCGCUUCUGGUCCUCCGCCGCAUGCAGGGAAGGGAUCUCCUGUUGAGAAAGGAGACACACGAGUUCACGAAAAAAAAGAAAAAUCUGCUUCGAGUGACUCAGCCGCUUCUGCAGCCUCUGCUGCAGGUGCCGCCCUCGCCCUUCCUGUCACUUCUGGGGGGUCGACUGGGCCUCCUUCCUCUUCUCUUUCUUCUCCCGCGUCUUCCUCGUCUCUUUCCUUUUCUUCGCUGAUCCCUUCCGGUGGGUUUGUGUCUUCCCUCACAAGCGAAGCUCUCCCAGGAAAGGAAACGCCUUUCGCGGAAGGAAAAGGCGAGCCUGUCGGGCAGUUCGAAAUAUGCAUUGAGGGUGAAUUUCCAGAAUUCUUCUCGGUCGAGCCGAGUCGAGGCAGCUUGGCGGCCGGCGCGCAGCAAGCAGUGACUUUCUCGUUCAACCCAGACGCCGGGAGAGCUUCCUCAAGAACCAGAACGAUUUUGGAGAGCGCGGGCCAUAUCGUCUCUGCAGGCCAGUGGGCGACGGCGAAGGCUCGGGUACUUCUGAAAGGAGGCCUAGCACCUUCAGCGUCCAGCUCCCCCUUACAAGAAUUUGAAAUCGUUCUCAAAGGUUUCUGUCCUGGCUUUGCUUCGUGA